AUGUCGGAAAUUGAGAAGCAACCCCUCAUUGAGAACCAGCCUGAGAACAGCUCGCUCGAAGAGCUUCGUUCAAGAUGGCAGGAAGCUCGAGCAAACCUCCAGGCAGCCGCCAAAGAUCUCUUCACAGCAAGACGCGAGUAUGAGCGUGCAUGGUCGAAGACGACUCGUGGACGUCUCGCUAUUGGCGCUUUCUGCAUCUUCAUCAUCACAAUCUGUAUCUUGCCUAUGGGUGGUCUUUUGAUCCUAGGCCUGCUGGACGACGAGCUUCCUGAGGAAUACCUGCCAAGAAGAGUGCCCCUAGAGGCACACAUCAUGAGCAAGUGUCCAGAUGCUCGUGACUGUCUUCACGAUCUCGUCCUUCCAGCCAUGGUCAACGUGAGCAACCUCGUUGAUUUCAAGUUGUCUUACAUUGGAAAAACUAGUGACCACGACGAUGGCGUCGCCUGCAUGCAUGGUCCAUCUGAGUGCCUGGGCAACUCGAUCGAACUUUGCGCAGCUCACAUCUAUCCUAGCCCAAGAAUCCACCUCGGCUUCACGAUGUGCAUGUCGCGCAACUAUUCGGAGAUUCCUUCUGAAGACCUCGCCAAGGACUGCGCCCUGGAGCACGGCAUCGAUUUCGAGAGACUGAACCACUGCCUGAGCGCAGAAGAUGGAGAAUACUCCAGAAACCUUCUCAAGAAGUCUGUCCAAAGAAGCGCCGAGAAGGGUGUUACCAAGAGCUGCACCAUCAGAGUCGACGACAAGAACUGGUGUAUUCGCGAUGGUGGUGAAUGGACGGACUGCGAGAAUGGUCACGGGGUCAAGGAUUUGGUCGAGGCCAUCUAUGAUCUGAGAUGGAAGCACAGCAGUGCCUACCAGGAGUAG